AUGACUUCAUCUGAGACAAUUUAUUUAUAUGGCGGUAAAGACCAUCCAAAAGUGAGACUAGUUUGUCAAAAUCAAUUUAAAAGAGUUAGUGAUUUGAUAGAUUAUUUACAUUCUAUUCAAGACACAUACUACGUUCAAUUUACUUCAUCGGAGACUAUUACAGAGAAUUUGAAAUUGACAUGUUCAAUGGAAGGCUUACGAUUCCCAUUUUUUGUUUUGGAAUAUAACGAGGUUUGCAACUCUUUUUACUUAUGGAAAUCAGAUGGAAAUUUCGAUAUUAUGAAGAUUAUUUCUUACAUUUAUGAAAAUCAUUGUAAUACUUAUAGCAAGGAUAAGCCUCAGCAUAAUAAUUGGGAAGAUUACUUCCGUAAUGACAAAAGAUUUAUGAAUCAUAUGAAGAAAGACAUGUUAGAAGAAUCAUUGAAUGAAUUGAACAUUAAUUGGGACGACGUCGACUUAGAUGAGUUCUGGAGCCACUUAAAUACUAAUUUGAAGAGCCAUAUGGACAUGGAACCAGAAGCAUCGUAUAAAAGUUUUAUUUCUAUCUCAGUAUUGAAGGCCCAUAUUGUCAGGAAUAAAAAGAAUAUAGAGCAAGUUUUGAAAGAUUAUGAGAAGAAAUGCAGACGAACCAUAAGUCAUGUCGUAUCUGAAGAUGAAAGUCAUUCAUCAAAGAUAAAUGACUCAGAAACUAGUGAAAUUUUCGAACAAAAAACUUCGACAACGAGGGAAUCUUCUCCACAUGCAAUGAACGCCUCGGGUUCGCUAUUAGCCCCUCCAACAAAAUCCGAUGCAUACACCUAUAACGUAUUGAGAACGAUACCGAAGCCUUCUGUCCCUGCUACAGAGCAGUUAAUUAGCAACUUCAACAGUCAUUUUAAAUGGGUAACAGAUGAUUAUGAAUUAUUUGAUCUACAAACAAAAGCUGGGAUUCCAAGGCGAGUUAAAUUUAAGACUGGGAAAGUAUCUAAAGUCCAACAAGAAAAGAAGAGUGCAAAGAAUACCUUAAAUAUUAAAUAA